UCCUUAUGUUCAAGUCUCUUCUCAAAGGGACUCCAUUUCAUUUUUUAUAAUUUCUCUUUUUGGUCCUUUUUAUCUUUUUCUUUGUUGGAACUCAAUAGUAUUGAUUUCUUUCAUGGCGAAAGGCCGGCGAUUGUCCACCAGCAGAAGCGAACGGUACCUCGGGAGUUACGGUUACGGUCACAACCAAGGGGAAACCGUCACGGACGAAACGGAACUCGGCGAGGAUGAUGUCUGGUCCAUGGUUGAUACCGUCUCAGACCGACACGACCAGGGUGACGACAAUCCACGGAGCGAGUGGACUACACGCGUCGAGCAUGAGAGUAAUGGGAAUGGGAACCUGGGCCGCCGCCGAAUCCCUCGAGAUGAGCGCCACGUGGGCGGGUUGUCUUUGGCUUUCGAGGAUUCUUCUUCGAGCAAGCCUAGGAUCGUGCACCAGUUUCGCGGCCACGACAAGGUGGCAGCCGCUGCUUCGCCACGUGGACACAAGAUGGCCACAUCAGCGCCCGUGAACGUGCCUGACUGGAGUAAGAUUUACAGAGUGGACUCGGUGGAGUCUAUACAUGACUCGGAUGAUGGUGAGUCGGAGGAGAUGAUGCCGCCGCAUGAGUACUUAGCACGUGAGUACGCUCGGAGUAAGAAAUCUGGUGGGGCGUCGGUGUUUGAAGGCGUUGGUCGCACGCUCAAGGGCCGCGACUUGAGGCGGGUCAGGGAUGCAGUUUGGAGCCAAACCGGGUUUGAUGGGUAGGCCCUUAAAUAAAAAAAAACAAAAAAGGACCCAAAACCAGCUUAAUUAUGAUUGAUGACAAUGAGAUACCAUUAUUUUUUUCUUUUAACUUGGGCAAUGAUUCGGCUGAGUCGACACAUGCGAGUGAACUCAGUGUCGAGUGAGCACAAACAGGAUUUUGAAUUGGGAGGGUCAAAAAAAUUCUGUUCUUGAUUGGAAUUCAGAAGUUAAAAGUGUGUUUCCAAUUUC